AGAGCUCUGACGUCGUGAGCUGUUGACGGAAACAUAGCCUACCGAUUCCAAGUGAAUCCUUCGCUGUAAUCCUUCUCGCCUGCAACCGGAUUCAAUACUUUCAGCUAUGGCAAUGUUUCCUUGGGGAGUGAGGCCUCGACGCGACUUGUGGGGAGAAAUGGAUCCCGUCACUCGCCUCUUCGAUCAACAUUUCGGCAUGGGCCUGCUGAACGACGAUCUCCUGGCCCCACCCACCUAUCACCCCUUCUACAUCAUCGCCAGGCGACCGAAUCGCGACCGAGUCAAGUCGGGCGUGAGCGAGGUGGUCAAUGACAAGGACAAGUUUCAGGUGAACCUGGACGUGCAGCAGUUCGCCCCGGAGGAGAUCAGCGUAAAAACUGUGGAGAACUUCGUGGUGAUCGAGGCAAAGCACGAGGAGAAGCGAGACGAGCACGGAUUCAUCUCCCGCCACUUCCAGCGACGAUACCUCCUUCCCGAGAAUGUCCGGCCGGAGAGCAUCCAGUCCUCCCUCUCCUCCGAUGGAGUUCUUACCGUUACCGCUCCCAAAAUGGCCAUUGAAGGUGCCCCGAACGAGAGGAAUGUUCCCAUCGUCCAGACCAACCAGCCGGCUAUGGUCAAAGGCGAAGAGAACCAGAAGGAGUGAAGGAGGAUUCUGAGUUUCUACCCGGGUUCUCCUCCUGAACGUUACCGGGCAUUAUGGACCAUUCAACCACUUUAUGGGUUUUAGUAUGUGUCGGGAGUGAUUCACGACUCUUGAUCUCUCCUUGGUCUUACGUGCUGUUUUUGUGUAUUUGUGUAUAUAUUUGUGUGUUCCUUUUGUUGGUUUUCCCUCCCAGUAUCCAAUAAAAUAUUUGCAUAGAC